AUGGCUGUGGCAGAUUUCCUGACUGGAUUUCUGUCGGGCUUCCUAGUAACAGCAUACGACGGGCUUCUGUUUAUGGGUAGGACGGCAAAAUCGCUUGAGAGAUAUCUUUUGGUGAACAUCGUUAUCGCUGUCACCAGUAUAAUGGUAGGCUGUUGUAAUGUUGUAGCCAUGGCGUGUGAUCGAUGGCUGGCUGUCACUGCAGCGUUGAACUACCGCAGAAUUGUUACAGCAAGACGAGUCAACUCGCUCAUAGGUCUGUUUUGGAUCUACGCCAUCGGUUUUGUGGGUCUCGGCUUUUCCGGAGCCAUUCCAAAGGAUGUUUACGAGUUGUUGUAUUGUCAUCUUCACGUAUCGCUGCCGCUAAUUGUUCUCCCGUUGUUGUACUGGAAAACAUUUCGCGCGCUAGAAGCACACUCGCGAAGGAUGACAAACGUGGGUCCUGGAAACCAAAGAAUGAACUCUAAAACAGUCUGCGCAGAAAUAAAGACUACGAAGGCAUUUGUCAUCGUUCUCUGCUUGUUUUAUGUGAGUUUUCUCCCUUAUGUUGUGGUAGUCAACUUGAGCAAUUUUUGUCCAGUUUGCGUCGUUUCGAAAGGUUUUCAAGUUUUUCUUCACAUUGCCUAUAGAUUUCUAAUCCUAAAUUGUUCCCUGGACCCGUUUGUCUACGCUUGGAGGAUUCCAAAAUACAGAAGAGCUGUUCGUACAGUCUUUAAUAGGUGCUGCAGAUUCAGGAGAAGGAAUGCCAUCGAUCCAGAUGUCACGAGCAUUAGCAUGUGUGGAAACCCUGGGCUAGAGACAACGCAUGCGGCGGAAACUCAAACUUAA